AUGGCUCAAGGUGUUACGAAGAAUGACCUGGCAUCCUACUUUGGAACAAAAGCACGGAACUCUGAAGAGGCUUCAUCGAGGAGAGCUUUAUCUGAUCAAAAUUCCAGAGAUAUGCUGAGGGAUCACUACGCAAAAACAAAUCAAUCCUUAGUGUUGAAAAUUCACAAUCUUGAGAUUGAGCUUGCUAAAAGUCGUAAACUCAUUGAAGAAUUGAGAAAUGAAAAUGCUAUGCUGAAAAAGCGUAUGACAGAAUGUGGUGAGGUGAAUAGCCCUGAAAGGAUCGAGGCGUUGCUAGAAGAACGCAUAAAAAGAAAAAUGGACAGGUUAGGUUAUAUCAGCAGAAGAACGAUCGCGUUUUUACAUAAAAGCGCUUCGACAUUGAAGGACGCUUUCGAAGAUUUCGGCAUAGAACUCAUGUCAGAGGCGACUCAGAUGUUGGAGGAUGAUGAUGACCAGCGAAAGAGAUUAACUGAUAAUGGCAAACCACGCCUCGACUCUAUUUCUGAAUCACCACCUCUUGUUACGAAGUCGCAAGCGAUCAGCGAACAAAUCGGAACGCGUGAGAGCAGCAUGGCUUUAGGAGAUGGUGAAACCCCAACAGGCGCGCAGUUAGUUAGACGGCCUCGUCGUAGCGAACUGUUUGGACGAAGUCGCGACGUCUGUGUAACAGAAUUCGCAGAAAACUUUUCACAAGUACGGGCUGAGACACCCCCUUGCUUGGAAGAGAAGGCUGAAGCGCUAGCGACGCCUCCUGCCAACUCUAAACGGCCAAUCCUAGACACGCCGGCUGUACCGUGGAUGGAAACCAAUACGGUCCGACGAAAACGGACGGCAACACUUAAAAUAAAAACGUUAGUUGAGCCGAAGUUGAACAGCAAGUUACUAGUUUAUAUCAAAUUGACCUGGCUGUGGGUGUGGCCCAUUAUGGGCAACUGCUUCAGUCUAAAGCACAAGAAGAAGGAACUUGAUCAAGAUCACCCAACAGUCAGCAGAUGGUUAGCUAGUUGUGAUUUUUCGUCAGUGCCGGAUAUCGAUGAUUUUUCCUCUGAAACCGUUGAAGAGCGCUCUCCGGACUGUGUCAUAUAUGAUAGCGUACUAGGAGGCGAUCAUUUGGAAGGCGAUUUCGAUGGCUACAUUACUGCUGUGGAGAAUCUUGAGAGUGAGGAAGGCGAUGGGAGUGGUGAUACAGUUGAAGAGCUUGCGCACUCAUCCUGUGACGACAACCAGCAAACGCCUGACCUUUACAUGCACCUUGAUGAAGAAAGUGUUUAUGAAACAUCCGACGAGCAGGGACCAUACGAAUUAGAAAAGCCUUCGGAAACCACUCAAAAUCAGCAAAUCACGCAAGAAGACGAUGUUGAUUUGGAGGAAGAGGAUGAUGUUGUCGACGAACUAGCUGAGAAUCUCGUUUCUCCUCGUACCGAUCUCGAAUCGUUGGUCGAUCGUAAGGGUAGAGUUCGUCGAUCAGAACGGGUACAGCUGUACUUGGACGAGAAACGCCAGUUAGCACAGCGGUUGUGA